AUGCAGCCACCAAGUAGAGGACUCCGACCACCGAGCGGUUUUCAAACACCAUCCUCACAAACCAGUGUGCUGAGAGAUGCUUCGUUCGGAAUUCCAGCAUUUCAAUCGGUCAGCAUCACGCAAACUUCAUCCACAGGAGAUCUGCGACCACCUGUUAGAUCUACUAAAUUGCAACCACCAUCUGCUCUGUCUCGUUCCGGUCUAAAAGUACCUACCGGACUGCAAACACAUGCAUCUAUUUCUUAUGCUAAUAAGAGCUUCGAAAGAAAUAUACCGAUGCCAAAAUCAGUUCGAAUUCCAGAGCCAAGUAUUCCCAAAUUAGCGCCUCUAAAGGUUUCAAGAGUUCUAUCCACGUCAAUACUUCUUAAACCAUCACUUAUACAAGGUUCUGCAUCAGAAUCACUUACAAUUAAGCAAACAACACCCGAAGAAAGGCGGAUAGCAGCUGCUGCACCUGUAUCAACACAGGUACUACCCGAAAUUCGACGAAUAGCACCACCCGCCCGGUAUCAAACAGCAACUCAUGUACCAAGACCUAACCAGGCAACACCCGAGCAAAGCCGAAUAGCGCCACCAACUUGGAGUCAAUCACCAGCUGCUGCACCUGCGUCCAAACCGACACCAUCUGAACAAAGACGAAUAGCGCUACCAACCCAACUUCAACCACCAACUUUGCGAUUAGUCCCACCUUCAGCAAUAGGCAUACCAAGUUUGCAAGUACCAACUCCGCGUUUAACCCCCGGUUCCGCUCCGACGUUAGUUCCACAGCGAAAGGUUCAAAGAACUCCAGUGUCCACUGCACGACUAUCACCAAUGACUCCUCGACGCCAACCAAGUGUCAUUCACAAAACUCCGGUAUCUGCAUUACGACCAAAAACUUCUCCAAUGACUCCUCAACGAAUACCGAUAGGGGUUCCCGAAACUCCGGUAUCCAUUGUGCGACCAACAACUGCCCCAAUGACCACUCCUUACCGAACACCAAAAGUGGCGGCCCCAAUACCUCUUCCUCGAACGGCAGUCAAGAAACGUAUCGAAACAAUCAACCCCGACGCAGAAGUUUUCAAUAUUGCAGGAAGGGAAGUUGAAUUUGUCGAUUGGGCUCCCUCACCAGAAGCAGAACUAGUGGCAGCAAUAGCGAAGCGACCUGUCACUCGGCCAAGCGGAAGUACAUCUAUUGUGAAAGGUUUAAUACAUUCGAGAUCAAGUCCAUCGGGAAUACAGACACUCCAAGUACCAGUCGCACGGCCACCAAAAGAAAGAAAGAUUUACAACUUUCCCGAUGAACCAUCCGUGACGGCAGCAAAACAGUUAUCAACUCAAAUCAGUUCAGAUUUAGCGAAAUUCAAGCAAAUGGGAACGGAUAUGCAGGAAUUGAAGGAUAGAAAAUCAUCGAUCUUAGGAAGAAUCAAAAACAUGUAUGCAGCAGAGGGAAAAUCUGUAAAGGAAUCUACUGAGUUAGAUAAGGAAAAAUUCAGGGAAAAAUUUGGUUUCAAACGGAGCCCAAAAAAGCGCCAACUAUUGGAACUGACCGGUGAAUGGAGUCGAGAUAUUUUAGAAAAGCAACAAUUUCAAGAAAGAUUGACUCAAGCAACACCAAUGACCCCGCAAGCGAGGAAGAAAGUCGUGCCGUCUUUGGAACACAUAAAGGAAUCCUCCGAAGCAAUGUCACCACAAGCCGCGAAUCGACGUGCUGAAAUUGAACUUACCCGCAAAGAAAAAAUAGACGACUACAGACAACGUAUGGAAGUUCACAAAGAGUUUCGCCAACUACUAGAGGAACGAAAGAAAAAUAUUCUCAGUCGCAGACCACUUUCGAAGCAGGAGCGUGAAGAGGUUCGGAAACUUUAUCAGGAGGCAAAGGAAACGCUUUACACCGCUGCAACAGAGGAGGAACUUGAUAACGCUGUACGAUUAGCGGAAAUUAUGGAACUGGAAGAAGCAGGAGUUUCGUUGAAGGAUUCUCCUAACAAGACUGCGAAAGAGUUGCUCCCGGAAAUGGCACCCACGGCGGAAAUUAGCGGUAUUGUUGGAGACAUUUUGAUUCCAGCAAUUAUUCCGGUGGAAGAAAUGAACACCAUUACCAGUUUGGAUCGUAAUACGGCUGAAGUUGCAUUGAAGGCAUCUUUGGUGCCAGCGCCCGCGGGUGAGGCGGCUACGAAGCUACUGGAAUCUGGGUAA